AUGGAUGUGGGAAAGAACCAACCUCGUUUGGCACUGCAUCAGACACGUGAUUCUCACCAAGAAAACUACGUUCCAGAAGUGAUUGGAACUUGGAGUUUGCGAAACAGAGAGCAGCUCAGGAAAAGAAAAGCUGAAGCACAAGAAAAGCAAACGUCACAAUGGCAGUUUGGAGAGAAAAAAUACAAGCGGCAGAGGACAGGAAAAGGAAAUCAAAGAGGCAGAAAGAACCACCAAAAUACAGAACUAAAGGUAGAGCCUCAGUCACAAUUAGAAAAGGAAAUGAUGGAGAAUGCACUGGCACCUACAGAGAAAGAAAACGAAUCACCUAGGAGUGUAACUGAAGCUCUCCCUUCAGUAGCCUCCCCAAAGAGAACUGAACCUGAGAAAAAACUUCCUGCCACAGGUCAAGAAAGCACUAUAUGUCAGAAAAAUUCUUCUGAGUACCAAGAAACAACAGUUCAAAAUCACCCUUCUGAAAUAGGCCAAGAUAUGGCUGAGCCUGAAGACCUCUCUCCUAAAUUGUGCCUAGAAAUCGCUGUAAUUCAAGGUCAUUCUUCCAAAAUGUGCCAUGCUAUCCCUGAACCUGAAGACCUCUCUCCUAAAAUGUGCCAAGAAACAUCUGUAGUCAAAGCCCUUCCUUCUAAAACAUAUGAAGACAUAGCUGGCAUGGAAGGAUGCUCUCUUGAAGUAUACCCCAAAGCAGAAGUGCCUAAAGGUUACACUCUUGAAACACACCAAACAAGAGCUGAACCCAAGGAAGACAGUACUGAACCAGGUCAAGGAAUAGCUGGGACUGAAAGCUUUCCUCCUAAAAUACAACAAGAAAUAGCUGAGCCUAAGGACCUUUCUACAAAAGCAUACCAAGAAAGGGUUGAACCUGGACAUGUUUCUCAUAAAGCCUAUGAAGAAAUUUCUGUGCCCAAAGCCCUCUCUUGUAAGACAAUCCAAGAAACACCUGCUCAUGAGGAAUGUCCAUCUGAAAUAUACAUUUACCAAAAAACACCUGAGCCUGAAGACUGUGCACCCGAAAUACAUCAAGAAACACCUGGGCCUGAAGACCUCUCCACUAAGACAUACGAAAAUAAGAAUGUGCCUGCAUUAUGCUUUCCUGAACCUACCCAAGAAGUAGAUGGGCCCCACGGCCAGGAUCCUAACGCACACCAGGAAGAUGCUACGGAUGUUUAUACUUUUUCUCGAGAAAUGAAAGAAAAACCCAAAGCACAAGAACCAGAGAUACCAGCAAUUCCAGAUGUUCCUCAAGAGAUUAAUCCAGAAAAUGAUGUCUAUAGUUAUGUUUUGUUUUAA